AUGGGCAGACCCAGUGCAGAAGGGGUGCACACCGCGUCCGCCACCCCUGGCCACCCCGACGAUAAGCAGGACAUCAGCCAGGUUGAGCGAGUGCUCUCCGUAGGCGAUGAGAAGCCCCCGCAAGUCGACUACAGCCGCAUCGACAAAGAAGUUGCCAAAUAUGCGGGUGCCCAAGAGGUCUACAUUUCAGAAGAGGAGAACAAGAGGUUGAAGCGCAUGAUUGAUAGACGUGUGCUUCCUAUCAUGGUCAUCACAUACUUCCUUCAGGCGCUGGACAAGGGCACCAUGUCGGCUACCUCCAUCAUGGGCAUUCGCGACGAUAUACCAGUUCUAAAGUCGAACCAAACUUUCGGAUGGCUUACUACCUGUAUUUAUCUUGCGGUGCUCGUCGUUGAAUACCCUACCAACUGGAUCAUUCAGCGGGUACCUGUUGCCAAAUACCUUGGAGCCAAUAUUUUGGCAUGGAGCACUGUUCUUUGUUGCCACGCGCUCUGCUUCAGCUUCCCUGCACUCGUCAGUGUGCGAACUUUGCUUGGUGUAUUCGAAGCUGUGUGCCAGCCUGCCUUCCUGGUCAUGACUUCUCUUUGGUACAGGCGAGAGGAGCAAGCACAAAUCGUCACAUACUGGUACAUGAUGAACGGCAUGCAGCAAAUUGUCGGAGGCCUUCUGGCCUACGGUUUCUCCACUAUUCACCAUUCCAGCUACCUCAAGUCACCCGGAAAUGCGCCCAUCCGCUCAUGGCAGGCCAUUUUCAUCACCUAUGGCUGCGUUUCCUUCCUUUGGGGCAUAUACGUUAUCUUCAGGCUCCCUGACAGUCCUAUGCGUGCCAAGUGCUGGUCUGAAGAAGACAAGAAGCUCAUGGUCGAGCGAGUCCGCUCCAACCAGACAGGACUCCAAAACAGGAAGUUCCGCUUCUACCAGUUCAAGGAGGCCCUCCUCGACCCGCAGGCGUACUGUUACAUGGGCAUCCAGAUUCUCACCACAAUUCCUACAUCUGGGCUCGGUGCCUUUUACAACAUCAUCAUCAACGGCCUCGGCUUCACUGUCCUACAGACCCAACUCCUCGCCAUGGUCCUCGGCGUCGUCAUUAUAGCCACACUUAUGGGCUCAGCCUGGCUCGUCAAGAAAACAAAGCAGAACCUGCUUACAAUGGCCGUCUUCAUGAUUCCCGCCUUUAUAGGCACAAUUGUCAUCAUGACGGUCAAGAACACAAACAACGCUACUCGUGCCGGUCUACUGAUCAGUUACUGGAUCGUCUUCACUUUCUGGGCUGCCCAGGGUUUGGGCAUGUCCAUGCUGACGCGUAACGUGGGCGGGCAGACGAAGAAAUCUGUCUGCAUCACCAUGAACUUUGUGGCCUGGUGCGCGGGCAAUGCCAUCGGUCCAAAGGUCUUCUUUGACAACGACCCGAGGUACCUCAAAUCUCUUGCCAUUCAUCUUGGAUGCUACUCUACUCUGCUCUUCGUCAUUGCGUUUUUAAGAUUUAACCUCACCAUGAGGAACAAGAAGAAGGACAGGGAGUUUGGUAAGGAUAUUGAUACUACGCAUGGAUUUGAGGACUUGACGGAUAAAGAGAACCCCAACUUCCGCUAUGUUUACUAG